GCCCCCUCUCCUCACUUUCGUCUUCCUCUCCUCGCACACGCAACCUUUGCCUCCACUCCCUCGCCUCUUCCCCUCCUUCUCCUCGACAUCUCCACGAGUGGGGGAAUGACGAACUCGAGCUUGGCGACAGGGAUUCGAGCGCCAGCACUCCAUAUCCGGCGGAGGGGUUGCGCGCGGGUGGCGGCGAUUUCGAUCUGUGUGUGCCUCGUUGCUGGAGGCGGCUGCCCGAUCCAGCAACUGGUGAAGCAACUCCCGACCAGCGACCAUCCCUCCUCGCCCGCGUCUCUGCCCCGCACUCGUUUUGCCACCAACCUCGACUAGAUCGGCAUCUGGUGUAGGAGGCUCGGGGUGGUUGUGGGCCUCGUGGCGGCGGCCUCCUCAGCGGCGUCGCCGGACAACCUCCACGCGCGGAGGAGGCAUCUCCACGGGUUCCCCGAGCCUCGCUCGCCUCAUCUCCUCUCUCUUCACCAGCCCGACCAUGCAGGAUGGGACGAGAAUGUUUGUGGCCAGCUAGUGGAUGCGGGUCGGAGCAGCGGGACUCCCGCCUAUGCCUCGCACGGCUCGGAGAGACGCUGAGCUCCAAUGACCCAUGGAUGCGCCGGCGAGUGCGGGUGGCCCGCUUGAUGCUUUCAACCGUAGAUUCACAGGAAGCUUGCGACGUUGCUACCCUCCAUCUCCCUCACACACGACUUACGCCGUCGCCAGGAUCCCCAUUUUCUUCCUGUACUGGUGCUGCUAGCUCCUUGGCGACGGUUAUGACGCCAUAUGUGGCUUCACUCGGCCCCUCCUCCCCGGCAGCGGCCUUCUUGACGGAUUAAAUCAUGUUAUCUUGCUAUUUGCUUCCAAGCCUAAAUAUUUCUCAUCCAUACAUGAUUUUAUCUAUAAGUUUGGUCGCGACAUCGACUGCCUAUCUUGGCAACAUUGGUGCUGAAGUUAUCGAGCCUCCAAAGAAUGGGAUAUUUCUGGUAAACAACCGACUGGUGGUCAGGGAUGGGGGGCGAGGCGACUGGGGGGGCGACUCCCCGGGCGACUCCCAGGGUGUGUCCCCGGGGGACCACGGAGGCCGCCGCCGCGCCAUGCCUCCCCGCGGCGGCUCGGGCGGGUAUUGGCGGCCGGUUUUGGGCCCUGAUGGAGUCAGACAACGAGGACGACGCCGGAGAUGGAGACAUGGCGAUACGUUCGCCGUUGUCACCUACGCCUAGUUCUUUGAUAGGCGAUCUAUUUCAUGCAGGUUAUGAUGAAGAUGCGGUCGCCAAUAACGUAGACACGGUGGUGCCGGUGGAAGAUCCGGCGCGGGUGGGGCUUCACCCGGACGAGAGGAGGGAAGUGGUACGACGUGUCGUUCAUCGGAGAAAUGCGGCAUCGACGGUCAGGCCAUGGAAGGGCCCUAUACCCAAGGUUUUAUUCCGGACUACGGCACUGAUUCGUUCGUGGUCGCCACUCACCCAGACGGAGGCCAGGGAGCAUUUGGUUACUGGGUCUGUCCGCUGGGAGAUGGUAGCUCGGGAUAUCUUCAACCGGUUUGGAUGGCAGUCAUGUAAUAGGAUAGGCAUUUAGUGUUCCUAUCUACUUUUCCCAGCCGGUUGUGGCAUCUUGGUUUGGCUAGUUGUUGUUUCUAGCCUUUUUUUGGCUCUGUGUGAGCUUUUUCUACUUUUUACGACCAUUGGAACCAUGUUGGCACUACUUUUCUUAUUAAUAAGAGGGUCGUAUGCAUCGUGCUGAUGCAGAGGCCGGGGUUUUUUCCCCCUUUUCGAAAAAGAAUGGGAUAUUCAAAUGUCACAGAACUCGUCGGUGAUGUUAUCGAGCA